UCUAUAAAUAUUUCAAACAAAGCGGCCGUACCAGACAAUAGCAAUGGCAACUUUGGCUUGUUUGCUCAGACAGGUGCUGUUCAGUGUGGUGUUAUUGCUGUUGCUCAACUUAGCAAAGGGUGAGUUUGCACUACAGUUCGGUGAAUCCUUUAAACCGUGUCCGGAUGCCCCGGAAGAGUCACUUAUGCUGGACCUGUCCGAGCUGCAGGUCAUACCGGACGAAAACGAUAGCAUGGUGCUGAACGGCAAAGUACGCCUGAACCGCGCACUUGAGAGCCCGAUAGAGAUAAACAUUUACACCAAAAGACUGGAGCAGGGCGACUGGAACGAUGGGCUGCUGGGGCGCAAGGUACUUGACAUUUGCCCACUGCUGCAGGUCAGCACCGAACCGUGGUUCGUUAUCACCAGUGUGAUGGGCAAAAAGGACUGUCCCUUCCCGGAAGGUCACGAGGAAUCCUUUGAGAUGCUUCCGGUCGGUGACUUUGGGAUAGAGAUACCGCCGGAAUUUGUGGGCGACUGGAAGGCGUUCUUUGAGGUGACUUCCCACGGCCAAAUGUCCUGCAUGAUGGCGGAGUUUAGCAUCGUGGAGGUGUAGAAAGCCCCCUCCAAAAAAAAAAAAACUCCUCCCUUUCGGAGAGACGUAAACGAAGUACAAUAAAAGAAAGCUUUUCUACAC